CAUUUAUUUUUAAUGUACUUUUAAAAAUAAUUUUAGUGAAUACAAAUCACUAAAUUCAAAACACUUUUACAAUAAAUAAACUAAAGUAUUAAAACUUAUCAAUAAAUCAAUGUCACUCUCAUAUGAUUUCACGGGAAAAGUAGUUUUAGUGACCGGUUCGAGCUCAGGCAUCGGUGCCACUACUGUUGUACUGUUUGCCAAAGCGGGUGCUAAUGUAGUGGUCACCGGACGAAACGCGGAAAAUGUGUCACAAGUGGCCAAACAAUGUGAAGAAAUAUCAAUAAAAAGACUGAAACCGCUUCAAGUUGUGGCUGAUGUCAGCCAAGAGAGUGAAUGCAAAAAACUGUUGGAUUUAACGAUUAAGACUUUUGGAAAGUUAGAUGUAUUGGUCAACAACGCCGGCGGCGGUAUAUUAAGUCAUAUAAUUGAUGACAAUUAUAUCUCAUCGUAUAAAAGUGUUUUUGCAUCAAAUCUCGAUUCAAUCAUUUAUUUGACGCACUAUUCAGUACCAUAUUUGGAGAAAACCAAAGGAAAUAUCAUUAAUAUUUCGAGCAUUAGGUCCAUACAAACGAAUCCGAAAUUAUCGGCUUAUUGUAUGUCAAAAGCGGCUAUCGAUAUGUUCACCAAAUGUAUGGCCGCAGAACUCGGCUCUAAAGGAAUUCGCGUUAAUUCAAUAAAUCCGGGUCCCAUACGUACUGGUGCUCUCGUUAAAGCUGGCCUAACACAAGAACAGUCGGAUGCAAUUUGGGACAAACACGGAGAGUUAACUGCAGUCGGCAUAUGUGGUGAGAGUCAUGAUAUUGGACACACUGUCAUGUUCUUGGCUUCGGCUGAUUCACGAUUUAUUUCUGGUAGUAUUUGUUUUGUCGACGGCGGAUGGCUGGCCAACAAUGCUAACUUGUCUAUUGAAUAAAAUACCCAUUAAUGUUUAGGGUAAUAUCCGAUUCCCUCCCUCGUUUUAUUAUUCCAAAAAUUUCUUAUGUUCCCAGUGCUCACUGGGAAUUCCUAUGGAAUCUACCACUCUAUUAAACUAUAUAAACAACACAUUAUAAUGUCAGAAAAACAAAUAUUAUAUUAAAAUUUAUUUUAAGUUGUAUUGAUAAAUAGUUUCACUAAAUUUAUUGAAUUAAUUUUUUGUUGUUGAAUAAUUUAAUAU